AUGAUAAACAUACAUUUUAUUGCAAAUGAAGACGGUAAGAAAUCGAUAAAACAAUUGCCAGACAAUUUUACUUGCCAAGAUUUUAUUAAAAUUAUAAUUGAUUUAUUCGGAUCUCAUGCAACUGAACAUUAUACUUUUGUUGCAAAAGGAAAAGCAUUAAACUUAGCAGAUGAAGUGCAAUUUGGCGUAUGGAAAAAAAAUCUCACUAAUGGAGUGAAUAUUUUUGUUGGACGACGAAUGCAUGGAGGUGAAAUAAUAAAUGUUUGA